AUGUCCGAUAUUUCUCAUCCGCAACAUUUGUCCAGUUCUACUUCCACUAAGAACACUUCAACAGAAAUUGUACUUUGGAAAUAUGAUAAUCCUUAUGCGAAUUACAAACAUGACCCUGAAAGAAUUUUUUUAUUAAAUGGAUAUACACUUCGAAUACAUCAAAAAUUAGAUAAAAUUGUCAAGAUUACACAAAAUACUGGAAAUUUAGUAUGGGAUGGUGCAUAUGUACUAAGUAAAUAUAUUUUAUAUCAUCUACUUAAUGACUUUACCUUUCGAGAAAAUAUUCUCGAGUUUAACGAUACUGCGCCACAGAAGAUACGAUUUUUAGAAUUGGGUUCAGGGUGUGGUCUUGUUGGACUAUCUGCUUGGAUUUUGGGCGGAUAUGUUGUAUGUAGUGAGUUACCUGGUGAAGAAUUUGAACAUACAAAAUUAAAUAUCGAGUCAAAUGUUAAAUCAAUAUUAAAUCAACAAAAAGAACGAUUUAAAUUAGAAUCUAAUCUGAAAAAUGAAAGUGAUUUAAAAGUUAAACACGAAAAAUUAGAAAUUAAUUUACGCAGCGAAAAUAUUGCUGUAUAUCCGUUAAAUUGGGAAGAAUUACCACAAGAUUUUCCACAUUUAUUUCCAUUUGAUAUUAUUCUAGCAUCUGAAAUAUUUUAUUUACCUCAUUUUUAUAAACCACUAAUUAAAAUGAUAAAAUAUUUUAGUUGUCCCAUUACUGAUAAUUUUAAAGAAAAGAAAGGGAAAAGAAAAACUUUGGUAUUGGGAAUUUAUAAAGAUCGUGGUUUAGGUGAAUCUGCAUUUUUUGAUAUUGCCAAUAAAUUUGGUAAAAUGAAAGUUAUUUGGAUUAAUAAUAAUUGGAUGUUAAAUGAAUUUAAUAAUUAUUCUCAAGAAUAUAAAAUGUUUUGGCUUAUUCCUUUUGAAUAA